GCCGCCGCAUCCCAGCACGGUCCGUUCGGUGGAGGAAAGAGAGAGGCGGGGGUUCUCGGAUGAAGUUCGGGCGGUGAGGGGAGGUUUGCUCUGCGGGGAGGUGGCCCGUCGACCACACCUGGUCCCUUCAGUGCAUACUGUGACAGCGCAAAGGGCAGCAUCACGAGCGGUCCCUCUAUGUCGUGCGGCCGCGUGACGACGUGACGAGGGAUGCCUGCCAGCCACUGGGUCCUUGCCGGGAUAUUGACACUCGCCGUCCCUCUGUGGCUGGCCGACGGCGCCUGGGCAAAGCUUAGCCAAAGUGACAACCAGGAGCAGCAGUCCAAGGCGGAGCAACGUCACCGACCCUGGCAGCGGCGCGGGACAACGGCAUCGCCGGCGCGCGGAUUGGGCGCCCUGCCGGAGUGUGCGGCGCAACAGGUGUGUUCAGCGCUGUACGUGCGCGUGAACCGGACCCAGCCCCUGUGCGCCUGCCCGGCAGCCUUCGCCGAGCCCUGCUCGGACUCGGCCGAGCUCGACGAGCACACCAUCAAACUCGUCUCCAACGACAAGCAGGGCACCUUCAACCUCAUCAAGGUAUGCGAGCCGGUGCUGUCGGUGCGGCGUUGCCAGGAGCCCCGCGACUGGCAGCUGCUGGCGCUGCAGAGCACCCGCACGGGCCGCGCCCACUACCUGCUCGUGUGUCGAUGCCCCACGGGGUCGCGCCUGCUGGGGCCCGUGCGACACACCACGCCGCCGUACGCCAACAUACCAGGCAUCCGCGUCUACGGCAUGCUGUGCGCUCAGGGGCCCGCCACCUCCUCGCUGCCGCCUAGGGACAGCAGAAACUUCCAGAAGGGUUACUACCCGGAGGCCCCCUGGCCUAGGAUCCUCGAAAUGAUCAAGAAAUCCGGCCUCCAUUAUAAGCUCUGAUGUGUAGAUGUAACGACAACCGCAAACAACGUGAACGCAACGAGGCAGCAGCAGCACACAACUUCGACGGUAGUGAAAUGCAACAGGCAACGCACUCACUCGGACUUUAUCGUUACGCGACGGACACGGACGCCAGUGACAAGCGGUCACAGCGCGCGCUGCUGGCGCCCUAUCAUCGGCGGCUCGCGGAUAACUUCACAAAUGGAACAUUCUUCCAUCCGCGACAUCGUGCGUUAAUAAUGGGAUAACCGGGGAACGCUGAAAGUGAGCAGCGACGUCGACACUUCAAAUUUAGGUGUCACAUCCCGCAGCUCCGUGGCGGCCAUUUCCUGGCUGCACUCGGCGCUCAGUUUCACAUGCCCUGUUUCGCCACAUUGCAUUCGGCAAAACAACAUAAGAGGGCCACUAUGCUUGGCGCAACAAUCGAUACAUUCUAUAGAAACAAGAAUGAUUUUAACAGAAAAUCAGUGCGCACGCAACGCGCACGUCGCCAUGAAAAAACUUUGAAAACAUUCAAGAGGUGCGCCAAUCGAAGACACAAACGCAACGGCAAGCUGGCUUCACCGCACAUAUACUCGUUAUGCAGCGAAGCCCCCUUGUCGACAAACUGGAGGAAGGAUGUGAAAUUUGCCUAGAAGAAAGGCGCACGAAAGAAACGCCUCCGUUCUUUCUUUGCUGUUCCUUGUUUUAUUUCCAUGUUGUGUUACCAUUCCUCAGUUUUUUCUCCGAAAUGCGCGUUUGCAGUCGAGAGACGAGACACUACAUUUUAACGCAUGAAUACGUCAUCCAUAAAAGUUUUUUUCUCUCACACCUAAACAUCGGAGCGCUAAAUUGAAAAGCACCAGUGCCCUUGUUUCACCAGGAACAUAGAGAAACCGCCAUGUCAGUUUUUCAGACGAACACUGCAAGAUGUUUUACGUUGCUUACAUAAGGUGCGCCUGUUGGCAUUGCCAUAACAGCAGUAGAAUGCUGUGGACUAUGUUUCGCAACAUACACUCCAUCUCACAAGAUGGUUGGAGCACUGUGGAGGCUACAUCAAUUCUUAGCCAAUAGGAAGGCCGAAUGCCUCUCGAGAUGUGCUCAUCCGCGCCAAGUCAUCUGCUCAAUGUCUGCUUGCCAUCCUGUUACAUGGUUGGUGGAUUGACGCAACAAACAUUUUAACGCCGUAACGAUAAUCUAUGUUUACAUGCGUGCAACAGCACAGCUUUGCUUUAUCUGUAUGCUUUCCCGGCAGUUACCUUGCAGCCUCCUUAGCAAGUAGUGCGGGGGAAUGUCCUCACAAAUGUUCAUCUGCGCCACAGCGUCUACUCGGUGUCUAUUUGGCGUUUUCUCGCUACUGUCAUCCCAUACCAUGUUAGAGCAGGGUAGUAAAUUAAUGAUACAGUGAACAAUUAGGCUUUUAUAGCAUUCCGCAUUGUCAACGCAUCACCAAUGCUAAUGCUGUAGUGCCAUAUGCUAACUAGAAAUCAAACAAGUUUUAAGGCUUGGUGCAGUGUCUGCAGCCCUAGCAGCAUGAAAACAAACAGCCGAUCUCAAUAAUUACGACAAAACAUACCUAAUGAUUUGACCUGACCUUGAGAUGACACUUAGUGAUGACGAAUUUUGCUGCUUGUUUCUUGCUGACAGGGCGGAGAGCGAGUAACAAAUGCGAAUUCGGAUUGAAUCGGGUGGUCAGUGCUGUAUGGGAGCUGCCAUGUUGCCAUGGUUAGGGUGGCUAUAACGGUUAGAGGUGGUAACUGUGUAAUUCUCGGCAUACGACGUGCAUGCACAAAGUCCUAACAUGUCACGUACCACUGUACUGUAUCAUGUAGCAAACAAAAAUAAAGCUCUCUAGUGUAGCCAAUAAUCAGCCAGCUACGCAUGGUGCUAUAGACCACUGCACAAGGAUGCUGCCUGUGUACGCCUCGUACCUUCGGAAGUGCUGCAACCAGCUUGUGAGAUAGAGUAUAGGCAGUAUAGGUAUGUGUGAUCUGCCUGUUUCAGUUCACUGACUUGUAGCACAAGGCAUUCGAGCGAGUAUUAUAAAGACAGCACACCCACACGAAGUGCAGCAGCUAAAUACCCCUCUCCUGACAGCAGAAGGUUCUGCUUUGUCAUUCAUUUGGAUCGUUUGUUGUCACCCCUACCUACCUCUCCUAUGCCUGUCAUUUAUUGAAGCACAAGUUACUGUAAAACACACAUCGCUUAUAACACUUAUGAAAAACAAUGCAGCUGCAUACAGAUAAAGCUGUACUGUGCAGUGAAAGUGACUAAAGCAUGUGCAUUUCCAAUACUGAUAUGAAAUUCAUUAUUGAAAAAAAAAAAGUGUGGUGUAGUAUUAAUCCACUGUUCAAAGAUGACACUUUGGGGGGCG